UUGAAUUCUGUACGAUGCUUGUAGGUAGUAAAGCUUGAUCGUCGAUAGGAUGGCUUUCGUUCAGUCGUGAGAACAUAUUGGUACAUUUGAACAUAUUUACAUAGGCGUGAUCGAACGCAGUAGAUUCUAAUGACACGAAGAAGUUGACAGCCGUCUUGGCUUGUCUUCCUAAUCAAACCGCGAUGAGAUUCUCUGUGCCCAAUACGAUAUAUACACAACUUCUUCACGUUGAAAUGACUUAAGCCGUUUUGCUAGUGUCGGUAGGUGGCGGUAACGAUGACGCAACGCCGAAAGCUUCUAUCAUUCCACAUCUAGACGGACGAAUGUCUCAUCAACACACUUGAACAGUAUCAACAUCCGAAUCAGUUGUCCCACCAAUUCAUCGAAAUGACCGCAACAAUGAAAGCCUGGCAAUACGCUAGCGUGAGCGGUGGCCUCGAGAAGAAUCUGCAAAUCAAGACCGACGUCCCCCAACCAACCAUUGGCGACGAUGAGAUUCUGGUUGAAGUUCACUCCAUGGCACUCAAUCCUGUCGACUACAAAGCCACCGAAGCAGGCUUGCCUUUGACGCUCAUGGGCUCGACACUCAUCCCCGGCGCCGAUUUCAGCGGCGAAGUCUUCAAGAUCGGACGAAAUGUAGACUCUUUUCAAAUCGGAGAGCGAGUCUUUGGUGCAAAGGUGGGUGCUUUGGCGAAAGGUAGCCUUGCACAGUACAUCAGUGUUGGAAAAGAGAUGUUGGCGAAGUUGCCAGAGGGCGUGAGCAUGGACGAUGCAGCAGCUAUCGGUAUUGUUGGGUUGACGGAGUACCAAUCUAUCGCGCCGAACGUACAAGCAGGGGAUAAGGUAUUCAUCAACGGCGGGUCAGGUGGUACAGGCAUACACGGAAUCCAGAUUGCGAAGGCUCUGGGCUGCCACGUGACGACGACGUGUUCGACGCCCAACGUAGAUCUCUGUAAGAGUGUCGGUGCAGACGAAGUCAUUGACUACAAAAGUACGGAUAUCGUCACCGCCCUAUCCGAAAGAGGCCAGAUCUUCAAGCUCGUACUGGAUAAUGUUGGCACUCCCGCCGACCUGUAUAAAAAGUCUGCGUCGUUCUUGAUUCCCAGCGGCAAGUUUGUGCAGGUUGGUGCGGGCACUAAUCUUGGCACGAUGGGUCAAGUCGCAACCAACUUCUUGCUCCCUAGCUUCUUAGGUGGCGGGAAGAACAAGUACCAGUUGCUCAUGGCGCAACCAUCAGCGGAAAACUUGAAGCAGUUGGGCGUGUGGAUGAAGGAGGGGAACGUCAGGAGUGUGCUUGAUCAGGUGUUCGAAUGGGAAGAUGCGCCGAAAGCUUUUGAGAAGUUGAAGACUGGGCGAGCGAGGGGCAAGAUUGUUAUCCAUGUUCAAUAGAACAAGGCUUGAGUUUGGGCUCAUUUGGCCCAGGAAUGGUUCGUAAAUGAACAAAAAGAUCUUCAAAAAUUACGGAACCAUGAUCAGCGUCUGUUCACCUGUGGGCUACUGAUCUUGAUUAAGAUUUCACUGCUUCUUUGUCCAUUUCAUCCGGUAUUUCUGUUCUGGAUUCGAUAAAGGGGCUUGAAAUCAAAGUUGAAAGUUCGAGUCAUUCAAUGACACACGAUUGCCAAUAGACGUACAAUCGUAGCAUAAUCUAUCAUAAGCACGCGCCAGCUAAUCAUACGCAACUAUUUUCUCU